AAUCAGCGCUCAGAAAGGGCGCAGGCGCGAGUGCUGUGUUGUUCUAGCUGAGAGCGGAGAGAGUGAGGACGGUGCGGGCUGUGUGUGUGAAGAGAUCCCGCAGACAUGGCGCAGUACAAGGGGGCGGCCAGCGAGGCUGGGAGAGCCAUGCAGCUGAUGAAGAAGAGAGAGAAGCAGAAGGAACAACUCGAACAGUUGAAGCUGAAGAUCGCCGAGGAGAAUGUGGUUAAAGCGAACAUUAACAAGAAGUUUUCGGCACAUUAUGACGCAGUGGAGGCCGAGUUGAAAUCCAGCACUGUGGGUCUGGUGACCCUAAAUGACAUGAAGGCCAAGCAGGAGGCUCUUGUGAAGGAGAGAGAGAAGCAGCUGGCUAAGAAGGAACAGUUUAAAGAUCUGCAGCUGAAGUUGGAGAAACAGAGGGAGAAAGAGCGUAAGAAAGAGGAGAAGAGGAAGAUUGCCAGCUUGUCCUUUACCCUGGAUGAGGAUGAGGAUGAAGAGGAAGAUGAUGAUGAUGAGGAGGAGGAGCUGUUGUUGGAGGAAGAAGACGAAGAAGAAGAAGAAAUGGAGAGGGAAGAGCUACCAAAAAAGAAGAAGAAAUUGGGGAAGAAUCCAGAUGUAGACACCAGUUUCCUGCCAGAUCGAGACCGAGAGGAGGAAGAAAACCGUCUUCGAGAAGAGCUGAGACAAGAGUGGGAGCGGAAGCAGGAGAAGAUUAAAAGUGAAGAGAUCGAGAUUACCUUCAGUUACUGGGACGGUUCAGGACACCGAAGAACAGUAAAGAUGAAGAAAGGAAAUACCAUGCAGCAAUUCCUGCAGAAAGCCCUUGAGAUCCUGCGGAAAGACUUCAGUGAACUCCGGUCAGCUGGAGUAGAGCAACUUAUGUACAUCAAGGAAGAUCUCAUCAUCCCGCAUCAUCAUAGUUUUUAUGAUUUCAUUGUGACAAAGGCCAGAGGCAAAAGUGGUCCUUUGUUUAACUUUGAUGUACAUGAAGAUGUCCGUCUGCUGAGUGAUGCCACUGUGGAGAAAGAUGAGUCUCAUGCUGGAAAGGUGGUUCUGCGGAGUUGGUACGAGAAAAACAAACACAUAUUUCCAGCUAGCCGGUGGGAGCCAUACGACCCAGAGAAGAAGUGGGACAAAUACACAAUUCGGUGAUCAGAUACGGGACAGUUUAUCCUCCGUCACAUCCAGGGAGUGGCCUGUGGGAAGAGAAGAUCAUUUCUGUAUUAUGGAAUUAUGUAUAUAAUAACAUUGUGGUUUCUUUUGUAUGUCUGUUAAACCGGGAAUAAAUGUAUUAUGUGUUCUAUUA